GCUCAUCGGGAGUUGCGGACUCGAUACACUGAGGGACUGUGUAGGUUUACAAAAACUCCCAUCCUCCUUCUUAACUCCCGGCCACCCACCUCGCCACGCCUCCGCGUUGAUUUAGAUAAGCACCACAUCUGAACAGACGAUAUCAUUGAGCUGUCUAUCUUUUUUUUUUCUUUGAAACUCGACGCCAGCGAUACUUCCUGGCCUAAGUUAACGCGCUUCUCUCGACCACCCAGUCAACUCAGUCACAACACUGGACUCGAUCAAUCUUUGACUUGGCUGACUGCUUCAUCUCCUGGCGCUGUGUCCGGGUCCACCCCUACCAAGGUCAUUCCGAAGUUGCUCUCCUCUAACAUUGCGACUCCCACUUCAUCCCGCUGCCCUGCAGACUCGAACCCAAUUGCGUACCCGACUGUUCUUCGAGCAAGUCAAAGAGCUGCUUAGUCCAGCCCUACAGAUUUAUUAUCACAAUUCAGACACAGAGUUGAAUCGGUCUGCCAUUCGCAUCCCAUCAUUCGAAUAAUCUGCCAACUCGUCAGGUUACACGAUCACUUCGGCACACUCGACUUCACGGAUCUCGAUCACUCAUCCUCGAGAACCGCCUUCGUGUAUGACCAUGGCGCAAAGGAGGGGUCCGUGGUCCCAACACGAGGAUGCAUGUCUGAUGCAGCUCGUUAGUGAGCAGGGUCCUCUUAACUGGGUUCGAAUUGCUCAAACCCUAGGCACCAGGACACCCAAGCAGUGCAGAGAACGCUUUCACCAGAAUUUGAAACCAACCCUCAACCACGAGCCCAUUACAGCCGAGGAGGGUGUACAGAUUGAAAUCCUUGUCAAUGAGCUCGGCAAACGGUGGGCAGAAAUCGCUCGAAGACUUUCCGGAAGAAGCGACAACGCAGUGAAGAACUGGUGGAAUGGGAACCAAAACCGUCGGAGACGCCAUGACCGCAGAAGAGGCACACACCCUCGACCCAGCUAUGAAGACGGCCGAUAUUCUUCACCAAGACCCUACCAACAUCGCCCCUCUCUCACGCUUCACCCCGGGCCUAGUUCAAUGCCACAUGCUUCUACUACUCAAUACCUAUCUUCGCCAACAUCGCCUGCGCACAGCUCUGGGAACUACUCACGCCAUCAGCAUGGCUCAUCUCUUCCCUCACCAAGCUCAACAGCCUCGCCCAGGAGCGACGCACUUGAUGCUGAUAACACUGCACUGUCAGAUUCGGGAUCAAGCUACACGACAUCGCCUCGCGAACACUACACACGCGUCUCCCCCCCAGUACAACUACCGCCUCUCCGAACUGCCGUUACUUAUGACUCGCUUCCCCGCUCCCUGCCGGGUGUUGGUUCGCUGCUUCACACAGCCGGGGAGAGCAGAGAUGUGACCAUUGCAGGCACAUACCUGCCAGCGCGUUCUUCUCAUUUGCCUACAGCACCAUGUUCCCCAACAGAGGAUCACCGUUCGUCCAGAAGAUUUUUUGGCACGGUCGAAGACAGGGACUCACGGAUGACUGUAGAUCAGCUUGUCAACCGUUAAGUUCUGUUGAUGCUAGUCGAUCAGUGGCUUUUCGUUGGGUAUGUAUUGGAUAUGCGAGAGUAUGUUCAUAGUUGCAGGCGGCACGCAAUUUUGUUUAAGGAUACCCCUUUCGUGGCAUCGAUGGCCAGUUCACGCGACUGCUCACGGGGAGCAAGGUCAGUCCGCAUGGAAUGUAAAGGUAGACGGCAAUUCAAGGAUGUACACGAUGUUGGACCACGAACAAUAGAGUUCGUUGCUGGCACUGACGAGACAUUUCGGGCGUUGCCAGAGGUUGCAUAAAAUCAGGCGAUGCCGAAUAGACGAGUGAUUACAAGCAUCGCAGGCUCAACACUUGCUCAUGCUCUUCAGUUAGGGCUGAACGCAAGCUACAGCGCAACAAAAUAGACGUCGAACAAGCCAUUUGUGGUUUGGUGUGAAGUAGCAAGAAGGUUCGGUAGCCUCUGAAGAUGGUGAAUGGUGCAAUCCAAAAGCUCACCCACCUGUUGCAGCAGUGGUGUAUUGGACUGUCUUGAAUUCUGCUGCAUCGAUACCUAAGGUUGCGUCGGGCACAGGGCUGAAAACAGACAACGUUGUGCUGCAGGAUGUAUCUUGGGUUUGGCUGGGUCUAGACCACGAAGCGCAGCGGUUUCGCCGUGAAUGACGCGUUUGUCGUGAUGACACAGGGAUGGACCGAUUAGCCCAGCCGAUCUUUCUCGGGCAUGACAAGACUGGCAGCGGCAAGGUAAAAAGGUGGGGGUGGGGGUUAUUGUUCCGGUAAUGGCUCGUCACCAUGGCGCUCCGAUACAUCUGCUUGUUCCACUUACACACAUCAGGGAUAGAAUUUGGUACGAAUCACGCAGUCUAACCUUCCCUCCAGAUUCAAGGCUUCCCUUGUCUGUUGCAGUUCAACACUCAAGUAUGGAUUCAGAUGUCUAUGUUGACUACCGCGUCUGGCAUCGAACUGUGGAGCCCCCAA